AUGGCUCGUCUACUGGCGCCUCAGUGGGCAUCCUGCCUGAGACGUUCUGCCCUGUCAAAUUCGAUACUGGGGUCAGGCUCGACCCCUCUCCGUUCAUUCGGACACUUCGCUGCCCCAACUGUCAAAAACACUAGCACCACGACAUUAUGUGGAUCUAAGCUGCUCCGAAACAUGUCUGCGACGGCGAUCCCUCGACUAACAGUUUCCUUGACGCAAUUUAAUGGUUUCUUUACAUCUAGAAAAAUGGCGAGCGCUGCUUCUACUUUCGUCGAUAUUGAUAGCAAGCCGGAGGCCAACCAAAAUUCGACUCCGCCACCGCCAGAAGAGCCUAUUGAAACACCUGUGCUUUCGCCGCCCGUAGUCGGCCAUUGGUUGAUUGGUUGUGCCGGCUUAGUUUUCGCAAUUGUAGUCGUUGGCGGGAUUACCCGCCUAACAGAAUCAGGGUUAUCUAUUGUGGAAUGGAGACCUAUCACAGGUAUUCUUCCUCCACUUAGCGAGGCCGAGUGGGAAGAAGAAUUUACUAAAUACAAGGCCACUCCCGAAUUUAAGAUCCUGAAUCAUCGUAUUACAAUCGAAGAGUUUAAACAAAUAUUCUUUUGGGAAUAUGCGCAUCGUGUACUGGGCCGGAUAAUUGGUCUUGCAUUUGUUUUGCCUCUUGCAUACUUCGUCAUCCGCAAGCGCGUUCCUCGUUCUAUGUUCCUCCCUGGCCUGACUCGAUCACAACUUGGUUUACCGGCAUCCGCUCCAGCCCCUAACCCUCUCCCAUUACCGACUCUGACGCCAUACCUCGGCGGAUUGGCGCUGCUUAUCGGUGCGCAAGGGGCUUUAGGCUGGUACAUGGUGAAAUCUGGGCUCGCAGACUCGCUUUUGACGACGCCAGGCGCUGUUCCUCGUGUUAGUCAAUACAGAUUGGCUGCCCAUCUCGGGUGUGCCUUGGCUCUCUACGUUGGCAUGCUCGGAGGGGGCAUGGCGGUCAUAAGGGAUUGGAAAUGGGCACAUGGAAAAGCUAAGGGAAUUGAGGCACUAGAAAAGGCUCUGCAAAGCAACGCUGUCAAGGUUUUCAAGGCACGAGUGGGAGUUCUUGGAGCACUUGUGUUUUUGACAGCGCUUUCUGGGGCAUUUGUUGCUGGACUCGAUGCCGGGCUCGUGUACAACGAGUUCCCUACUAUGGGCGGUCGACUUGCCCCUCCUCGUGCAGAAUUGAUGAACCCAGCAUAUGCUCAAAGGGAAGACAAAUCUGAUCUGUGGUGGAGGAAUAUGUUGGAAAAUCCUAGCACAGUUCAACUUAACCAUCGUAUACUGGCCGUGACAACAUACCUUAGCACGGCACUGGUUUUCCUUCAUUCACGUCGUUCUGCGGUUCGCGUACUCCUUCCUGCUCAGACAAAACGAUUGGCAGCUCUAGCUUUUGGACUAGCUAAUAUUCAAGUAGCUCUUGGGAUCACAACCCUCUUGUACUUGGUCCCAGUACCGCUUGCCGCAUCUCAUCAGGCAGGAAGUGUUGCUCUCCUUACGGCAGUUAUCGCUCUUGCGACAAGCCUACGGAAGCCCGGUCGUGCUGCUCGAUUCUGGAAGCUUGCGGCGCAAAGAAACCAGGCUACAUUCACUACCAAACUCCCGCAAGCAUAA